GGCGGGGGCGCGGCUCGGGCUGUGGGCGCUAAUGGCGGCCGGCGCGGCGGGCCGGAGGCUGGCCCUCUCGUAGGCCCCUAACAAGCCUGCGUUCCUGUCCGGCCACCGCCCCGUUGGCCUUGGACCGGUCACUGCCCUUUCUGAGCAUCACUGUGCUCGUCUUCAAGUGGGCCCGACGGUGCCCGCCUGAGAGGUCUGGCCCUACUGGGCCUGCCUCAUGCUGCGUGAACGCGCGCUUCUUUGCUGCCCUCCGUUAGAUCCCAGUGCUCGGGAUUCCUACCGGUUACUGGCAGGACCCGGUGGUGUAGCCGGGCUGAUUGCUCCCACACCUGAAUUCACGUUUCGGCCCUGACACUCACGGCAGGUGUGACCUUGGCAGGAUGGAGCCUGGUGAAGAAAUGGAGGAGGAAGACUCUCCAGGCGGCCGUGAGGAUGGCUUCACCGCCGAGCACCUGGCCGCAGAGGCCAUGGCAGCCGACAUGGACCCCUGGCUGGUGUUUGAUGCCCGCACCACACCUGCCGCUGAGCUGGAUGCCUGGCUGGCCAAGUACCCACCAUCCCAAGUUACUCGCUAUGGGGACCCUGGCUCACCCAACUCCGAGCCCGUGGGCUGGAUUGCAGCAUACGGGCAGGGCUACGUCCCCAACUCGGGCGAUGUGCAGGGCCUGCAGGCAGCCUGGGAGGUUCUGCAGACCAGCGGGCGGCCCGUCACACCGAGUACCCUGCGCCAGCUGGCCAUCACCCAUCAUGUGCUCUCUGGCAAGUGGCUGAUACACCUGGCACCUGGCUUCAAGCUGGACCAUGCCUGGGCUGGCAUUGCUCGGGCUGUGGUCGAGGGCCGGCUUCAGGUGGCCAAGGUGAGCCCACGGGCCAGGGAGGGUGGGCGCCAGGUCAUCUGUGUUUACACGGAUGACUUCACGGACCGCUUGGGUGUACUGGAGGCGGACGCGGCCAUCCGCGCGGCGGGCAUUAAGUGCCUGCUCACCUACAAGCCUGACGUCUACACCUACCUGGGCAUCUAUCGGGCCAACCGUUGGCACCUGUGCCCCACUCUCUAUGAGAGUCGUUUCCAGCUGGGGGGCAGUGCCCGCGGCUCCCGUGUGCUGGACCGCGCCAACAAUGUGGAACUGACCUAGUGUGGCCAAGUGGGGACGACCACCUUCUGCCCCCUCCCACACUCGGGAUGGAUCCUCCCGUCUUCCUCCUCUCUGUCCCAAAGAGUUUGAGCCCCCCAGCUCUGAGGACUAGGUCAACCGGGAACUGCCUGCAUCUUCGAACCCUUUGAACACUUGCCCUCUGUUCAGGGCUGAUUCGAGUCCCCACCAGCUGGAGGCUCUGGCUCCCUGAGGGCCAGACCCUCAGCCUCUCUGUUCACUGCUGCCCCCCCUCUGUCAUACAGAACUGCAGGCUGGGUACAGAUUUCCAGGAGGAGAGCCUUCCUUGGCCACCGUCAUGUCCAGCUGUACCUCCGUCUCCUCCUGCAUUCUGUCCUCCUCCUCCCUGACAAGAGAGAAAAAUUAGCGCUUCCGGUCCCUCUUGGAGCCUUUGCAGUCCAGGGGGCCAAGGCCCUGCAGGCCUGAGCAUGCUAUUUUGUUGCGGGGAGAGGGUGAUUGUAUCCACUCAGCCCUUUGCAGAGAGAGGGGAUGCCAGGGCCAUGGACACGGGGCCGGCCCCUCCCUGCCAUCUCCUGUAGCCUGCACCACCUUCCUUUCUUCCUUGGCUACCUUGACAUGUGCCUGCUCCUGGCAUUUCAAUAAAACCCAGUUUGGGUCUG